CCGACUGGCCGCCAAAACCCUAGAGCUCAAAUCCCUCUCGGCUUGUGUGCUUUGAACAGAGAUGGCAGAGGCAGCAGACACCCCGAUGGAGGAGGGAGGAGAGAGCACCAAAGAGCUCGAGGUGGCUCCUGCCCUGAUUGCCGUGAACCCUUCUCAGCAGUCAGUCGUCGUCGCCGUCGGAUCGGACCUCCGGGUCUACGACCUCCGUGAAGGGUGCGCAGCUUCAUUGGUGGAUGAAUCUGAUAAGUCCUUCCAUAAGGAUUCAAUCAGAGCUAUUCGUUACGGUGUGAAUGGGAAGCUCCUGGUAUCAGCUGGGGAUGACAAAUUAGUCAAGAUAUGGUCUACUGAUUCUUGGCACUGCAUCGGCACUGUGUCUUGUGAGAAGAGAGUGAGUGCGGCUGCAAUAAGUAAUGAUGGUCACUAUGUGUGUUUUGCGGACAAAUUUGGAGUUGUAUGGGUUGUGAAUUUAGAGGAGAAAGAUGGGACAUUCUCCUUAGUCAAUGAAAAGGCAGCACCAAUGCUCUCCCACUAUUGUAGCAUUAUUACUAGUUUGGAAUUUUCACCUAGUGGAUGCUACAUUGUGAGCGCUGAUCGAGACUAUAAAAUUCGAGUUACUGUAAUGCCCAAAAGACCAUUAAAUGGAGCUCAUGAAAUUCAUUGCUUCUGUUUAGGCCAUUCAGAGUUCGUUUCCUGUCUUGACUUUAUCUCCUCCCCAGAUUUUCAAGAGGGGUACCUUGUCUCUGGAAGUGGGGAUUCAACAGUUCGCCUUUGGGAUAUUAUGUCGGGUUCUUUGCUGGAUACUUGUGAAGUAGGAGCAAAGGCAGGACUUAUAGAUUCCAUUGAGAGAGAAGAGGAACAAUUCUGCGCUGUUACUGAUCUAUGUGUUGUCCCAAACAGUACACUAAUAGCAGUAGCCAUUCAGAGUUUCAAAGGGAUAGUACUGUUGAGUUGCAAUGUUUCGGCCAAAUCAGUUUCUUUCACGAAGGUGGUCUCCAUUACAGGAGAAACUUUCAGCCCAACAUGCCUGGGGAUGAGCUCCUCAGAAGAUCUGCUGUGGAUGGUCAUGGGUAUAUCCAAGUUACCGGGCCUUGACUGUUCUUCUCUGGUCCGAGUUAGGGCUAUGUCCGGUUUUAAACGUAUUAGUGAAGGAGAGCCCAUUAUGCUGGAAGAUAAUGAGAUGCCAGGAGGACAGAAACUGCUCGAGAAGUUGCAGGGAAGCGUUUCAAUUGAGGAGAGCGUCUACGUGGCAGCUUCAGAGGCCCUGAAGAAGGCCAUGUCAAAGCUGCUGAUCAAGAAGCAUUACUCUGUCGAGAAUCGAGAGACCAGGAAGAGGACAAGGAAUGAUAAGAAGUUCAAACAAUGAUACAAGGAGGACAACUUAGUUGUACUUCUAGUAUGUUUUUUCCUCUCCUUAAAAUUUUGUUUACAUCUUUUGGAUCAUAUCCGUUACCCGGUCUGUUAAGAGGCUCACUGACUUGCAUGGCAUGUAGUUUUAGCUAUUUAUUGUAAGUAGUUGUAAUUCCUUGUCGUUGCAAAUCGAUGUCAUUCCACAGCUUUGGUAGUUGAAUUUGUUGUACUAUGGAGC